AUGAUGAUCCUCUACCAUCUAAGCAAUCCUAGUCCUAUGACUUUUGAAAAAUGUUGUAGGAUUUGUUACGCACACAAUGUGUUCCAGAAGUGGUGGAAAUGUGAGGUUUGUCCAGAUUGUACCAUUUGCUCUGCAUGCUAUAAGGAUAGAGGUGUUGAUUGCCAUGAACACAAAUCAACUCAAAAUGAACACAAAUCAACUCAAAAUGAACACAAGUUGGUUGAAAAUAAUUCCACAUCACAAUCCGGGAAUCAAGAGUCUAAUGGGAAAAUGAUGCUGAAAAUGCUGAAAUAG